UUCGCUUACCGUACAUUGUUGACAGUUUUGUUUGUGCGCGUUUGCAUUUUUUAUUAAACAUGGCAGAGGAAGCAAUUAAAUUUGUUCAAUUUAUUGAAAAUAAUCCUUGCAUAUACAACAACACGAUGCAGGAAUAUUCCAGAAAGGACAUAACUGAAAAAGCUUGGGCAGCAAUAGCCCUGGAAAUGAACUGGUCAGUGGCUGAUUGCAAGGAAAAGUGGAAAAAUAUGCGAAACGGGUUUGUUAGGAGUUUGAAACCAUGUCCAAGUGGCUCUUUUUCUAAAGCAAAGAAACCAUACUACUUGCACGACAUAAUGAGCUUUGUGUUGCCAUAUGUGAAACAUGUGCAACAUUCAGAGACCACCUCUAAUUUUAUAUUGCCAGAUUCUGAUGUCCAUCGCUAUGAGGAUAUGGAGUGCACCGAAAAUGAUGAAUUCAAUUGCGAUGUAAUGCCGCAAACAUCCAAGCACUCACAAGAUACCCCAUCCAGUGUGGAAAAAAGGAAGAAAGUAGAAGAAAAGGACGAGGUUGACGUUGCGAUGCUGCACUAUCUGCAAGAAAAAAAAAACCAAAGGAAGACGGCCGAUUAG